CGGCGCAUCAAGAAGGAGCAGGAUGUCGUCGGGCAUCGUGCCCCCCAAGAGCGGCUCCCCGCUGAGGAAGCGGGCCAGUCUUCAGGCUCCCGUCACAGGAGAGAUCCACGGAGGGCCGCGGUCCCGUCAGCUGCAGCCUGCACGUUCCCUCCCAGGGCCUACCCACUGCCUGAAGCAUUUUCCCGUUGACCUGCGCACCUCCAUGGAUGGCAAGUACAAGGAGAUUGCCGAGGAGUUGUUCUGCCGCUCGUUGGCUGACAGUGAGAUGCGCAGUGCCCCCUAUGAGUUCCCCGAAGACAGCCCCAUUGAGCAGCUGGAGGAGAGACGCCAGCGACUGGAGCGGCAAAUCAGUCAGGAUGUGAAACUAGAACCCGACAUUUUACUCAGAGCCAAACAGGACUUCCUGAAAAUUGACAGUGCUGCUGACUUACAAUUGUUUAAGGAACAGGGUGACGACCUGGUGGACCAUCUUCCUAAAGAACGGGAUGUGCUUCUAGAGAGGGAGUUUCAGAGGGUCACCAUCUCUGGCGAAGAGACAUGUGGGGUGCCUUUUACAGAUUUGCUGGAUGCAGCUAAGAGUGUGGUGAAGGCGUUGUUUAUUCGGGAGAAGUACAUGGGGCUUUCUCUGCAAAGCUUCUGCAAGACCACUGCCCGCUUCCUACAGAACCUUUCAGAGAAGCCUUUGGCCCCAAGGAUGUAUGAGGAGAUGCCUGAGACUCCAGUGGCAGCAGAUGCUCCAGUGCACCCACCAUUUGCAGUUCAGCAUCCGUAUGAGAAGUGUGAUCCUGAAUCAAUGCCUGGAGACCUUGGCUUUGGCCUGAAGAUGGUUAAUGGAGUAGUUCAUGUGUACACCAAGCAGGACAUCACUGACAAAACCACAGAACUGGACUUACCUUAUCCUGACCUGCAGGAGUUCGUUGCCGAUAUGAACGUCCUAAUGGCCCUGAUCAUCAACGGUCCUAUAAAAUCCUUCUGCUACCGACGGCUGCAAUACCUGAGUUCAAAAUUCCAGAUGCACGUCCUGCUCAAUGAGAUGAAAGAGCUGGCAGCCCAGAAGAAGGUGCCCCACCGUGAUUUCUACAAUAUCCGGAAGGUAGACACUCACAUCCAUGCGUCAUCCUGCAUGAACCAGAAGCAUCUGUUGCGCUUCAUCAAGCGGGCCAUGAAGAAACACUUGGAAGAAAUCGUCCACGUGGAGAAGGGCAAGGAGCAAACUCUUAAGGAGGUCUUUGAGACCAUGAAUCUCACGGCCUACGACCUCAGUGUGGACACUCUUGACGUCCAUGCGGACCGCAACACCUUCCAUCGCUUUGACAAGUUCAACGCCAAAUACAACCCCAUUGGAGAGUCUAUCCUCCGUGAAAUAUUCAUCAAGACAGACAAUCGAGUCUCAGGGAAAUACUUUGCCCAUAUCAUCAAGGAGGUGAUGUCCGACCUGGAGGAGAGCAAGUAUCAGAAUGCAGAGCUGCGCCUCUCCAUCUACGGCCGUUCUCGGGAUGAGUGGGACAAGCUGGCCAAGUGGGCUGUGCGCCACAAAGUGCAUUCCAACAAUGUGCGCUGGCUGGUACAGGUGCCACGUCUGUUUGAUGUGUACAAGACCAAGAAGCAGUUGGCAAACUUCCAAGAGAUGCUGGAGAACAUUUUCUUGCCCCUCUUUGAAGCUACUAUCCAUCCUGCCAGCCACCCAGAGUUGCAUCUCUUCUUGGAGCAUGUGGAUGGCUUUGACAGUGUGGACGAUGAGUCGAAGCCAGAGCACCACAUCUUUAACCUGGACAUCCCCUUGCCUGGGAACUGGACGGAAGAAGACAACCCACCUUAUUCCUAUUACCUUUAUUACACAUAUGCCAAUAUGGUCGUGCUCAACCAUUUGCGCAGGAAGAGAGGCUUCCAUACGUUUGUGUUGCGACCCCACUGUGGAGAGGCAGGGCCCAUCCAUCAUCUGGUAUCAGCUUUCAUGCUGUCGGAGAACAUAUCACAUGGCCUACUGCUCCGCAAGGCACCUGUUCUGCAGUACCUCUACUACCUGGCCCAGAUUGGCAUUGCCAUGUCUCCUCUUAGCAAUAACAGCCUGUUCUUGAGCUACCACCGUAAUCCGCUGCCAGAGUACCUCUCACGGGGCCUCAUGGUCUCCCUGUCCACAGAUGACCCCUUGCAGUUCCACUUCACCAAGGAGCCCCUGAUGGAAGAGUACAGCAUUGCCACCCAGGUGUGGAAACUCAGCUCCUGUGACAUGUGUGAACUUGCGCGAAACAGUGUGCUCAUGAGCGGCUUCUCCCACAAGGUGAAGAGCUACUGGCUGGGACCCAACUACUGGAAGGAGGGGCCAGAAGGCAACGAUAUCCGGCGCACCAACGUGCCAGACAUCCGGGUGGCCUACCGCUCCGAGACACUGUGCCAGGAGCUGACCCUCAUCACGCAGGCUGUGCAGACGGAGGAACUGGAGACUAUCCAGGAGGAAGACCCUCUGACCAUGAGCUCCAGCCUGGGCGCUCGCUAAAGGACGCCGGUUUACAAUCUCCCACUCUGACCCUCUACGGCCUGCCGAGAUGGGGCUAUCCCAGAGCAUGAAGGGACCCUGGCUACCUCCC